GCCGCGGCCCCUCAGCUCCCCUCGACAUGGCGCUGAGGCGGCGGCCGGGACUUCGACUCCGCGCCUGGCUGCCCGACUUCUUCCUGCUGCUGCUUUGCAGGGCAUUCCUGGUAAGAGUAGAGAAGACUCAAACGCGUGUUUACCUAAAGCCCUGCGCCACACUUCUCCCCUGGUGGCCGUCCGCAGGCUGCUUGAUAGGGGCUGUGAAUCUCAAAUCCAGCAACCGAAACCCAGUGGUACAGGAAUUUGAAAGUGUGGAACUGUCUUGUAUCAUAAUGGAUUCACAGACAAAUGACCCCAGGAUUGAAUGGAAGAAAAUUCAAGAUGAGCAAACUACAUAUGUGUUUUUUGACAACAAAAUUCAGGGAGACUUGGCAGGUCGUGCAGAACUGUUGGGGAAAACCUCCCUAAAGAUCUGGAACGUGACCCGGAAAGACUCGGCCCUUUAUCGCUGUGAGGUGGUUGCUCGAAAUGACCGCAAAGAAAUUGAUGAGAUUGUCAUUGAGUUGACUGUGCAAGUGAAGCCAGUAACUCCGGUGUGCAGAGUACCAAAGGCUGUACCGGUAGGCAAGUCAGCAGUGCUGCACUGCCAGGAGAGCGAGGGCUACCCCCGGCCUCAUUACAGCUGGUAUCGCAACAACAUGCCACUGCCCACAGAUUCCAGAGCCCACCCCAGAUUUCGAAAUUCCUCUUUUCUCCUAAACUCUGAAACAGGCACUCUGGUGUUCAGCGCUGUCCACAAGGAAGACUCCGGGCGCUACUCCUGCAUUGCCUCCAAUGACGCGGGCUUGGCCAAGUGUGAGGAGCAGGAGAUGGAAGUCUAUGACCUGAACAUCGGCGGGAUUAUUGGGGGGGUUCUGGUUGUCCUUGCUGUCCUGGCCCUGAUAACAGUGGGCAUCUGCUGUGCAUAUAGACGUGGUUACUUCAUCAACGAUAAACAGAAUGGGGAAAGUUACAAGAGUCCAGGGCAGCCAGAUGGAGCUAACUACAUCAGGACAGAGGAGGAGGGCGACUUCAGGCACAAGUCAUCCUUUGUGAUCUGAAUCUGCCAGUGUGGCUGAGAGCACAUGCAAAUACCUCUGCUAGAAACUCCUAUCAAGAGCGCCUGGGAGCAAAGUGCACUGGGACAGAGCUAGACACGCGCAAAAGCUUUUUGUUUUGGCCAACGUUGACCGCUACUCCUUUCUUACUUUUUAACAAGCCACAUGAAAGACAGAAUUUUCCUCAAGAUGGGCAGAGUCAUCACAAGGAAGACACCCUGAAUGAGUUCACUGAGGCUGAUGCCACACGUGUAGGUGAUCGGAGCUCUUGCUCAUGUUGACUCUGCUGGCUGGGCACUGUGGGCCUGUGAAGCCCGUUUAUAUGCCGCUCGCUCUUGUCAGCCAGGUGCCCUCACGUGAGGCUGAAGAGGUCGCUGUGCAGCACCAGCACUGUAAGGCUUGGAAACUGGAAUCACAGCAUGAAAUCCUGCAGCUGCAGAGUUGGCGUCAGUGAAUCCAGAAAAGAGGCUGUUCGUGCAGUGACCUCUUCCCAGUGGCCCACACAGCGCCGCAUCGUUUCUUCUUAAAGGCUUUGUGAUCAGUGUUGUCGUGUCCAUCUUGGAGAAUCUUUUUGGAUCAGCAUUUUAUAAAAACAGCCAAAACCAGGAAGGUAAAUUGCUUGUUGGAAGAAGGGAUUUUCUUACCUGCUUGUCCAUGGAGGGUUUCAGUAUUUAGGGAAAACCUUCAUCUUAGGCUAAAUCUGAAGUGGUACUGAAAUAAUGUUCUGCUUUUCUGUGGGUGUUUAUAAAAUUUUACAUUCUAAAUUUUUGCUAAAGAUGUAUUUUGAUUACUGAAAAGAAAAUUUCUAUUUAAACUGUAAAUAUGUUGUCAUACAAUGUUAAAUAACCUAUUUUUUUAAGAAAAGUUCAACUUAAGGUAGGAGUUCCAGGCUACUAGUGUUAAAUUCGAAAAUAUCAAUUAAGAGUAUUUUAACCCAACGAAUCCUCUCAAGGAGGCUUACUGGAACAUUCCUUUUUUCCACAUAAGUUUUAGCAUUUUUUCACAAGAAAACUUAGGCCAUCUAUACAUCAGACCAUUGUUUAGGAAACCUUUAAAAAAUUCCAGUUGAGUAAUGUUGAAACUUGUUUGCAUCUCUCCAAAAGAAACAUAAGGAGCUCUUAGGUUAGCUUUGAACUGCCUUUUCCCUAGAUUACUAAAACUACUUAUGCCCAAAGACCACCCAGGAGCGGUUAGACAUGCCAUGUUGGUCAACUCCUGGGGUUGAGUGGUAUGCCCCACUCUAAGUUGGUAUUGGCUACUAACUUCGAAGGCCAGCCAGCAUGACCACUGCUGUCUUUAACCCGACUGUGGCUUUGUGUGCUGGUUAGCUUUAACAGAGUUGUUCAUGUACCACAUGUACUUGGUUCAGCCCACAGCAGGUCUAAGGCGGACACUUCAGAAAAGGAGGGUUUUCUGUGGGUGGCGGCCCAGCCUUUGGGGUCCUGUGACAGAGCUCUUUUGGUCGGAGGGCUCAUGAAACAAAGCAGCUACUGCAAUGUGGUUUUUAAAUUCAUUUUACUGAGUUGUGUAGUUCAUAAGACUGUCCAGGGCCAAAGACAGUUUUGAAAUCAAAUCUGUCAACUACAAUAAUACUUUUUAAAGAAAAUGAAUUCUACUAUUCCUCUUUGGCAUGAAGAAAGUGCCGGGACGCCACAGGUUGUGUCUCAUUCACAAUAAACCAUUAUGUGGCGGCAGCCAGGCCAGGCUUUUGAUGACCAUUAGGCAGUGCAGCCAGGGCAGAAAGCCUCGCAGGGAGGAAAGUAAAACGCCUGAAUCAAAGGCAGUUUUCUAAUUCUGAUUUUAAACUUUUUAUCUACCCAAGACACUGCCGCUCACUUUGUGGGGGACAUUAGAGACAUCGCUCAGAAGCCUUUGUUCUUUGAGAGCAGAUGUUCUCAGCCUCAGACACGUUGCUGUGUUGAACUCAGGAUGUGAAGCGGGUAGAAGCGAGGGGCUCUCAGAGGAGCACCUCCAGCCCCACUGUGUGCUCAAAGAAGGGUUUUAUGUAGGACAACAUAGUCAUCUUGGGAUUAAACUUUCAGUGUCUUCACUUUUUAUACUUUGAGUUUUUUUUAUUGAAUACUUGAGACUGAUACUGACUUUUCUAAGUUAUGUGAAAUACUUUGCCCUGGUGUAUUUGGCAGAAGCAGGGGGCAACUCUUUGUAAUUGUUUAAUGGUACCUGUCUUCUGCAUUUGUGUCUUGAAUGCUUUGACUUGAGACUGCCCCUUCAUCUUCACCUUCUCUUGGUAGAAAGGGGUAGCUCCCCCUCCUCUAAUUGUUGGGGGACAACACUCUAGCCUCUAACUUGGUUGUCAUAGUGAUGGGGUGGGGGUAGCCUUAUUGCCUCCAUCCCUAAGCCCUAAAACCUCCUACCCUAGUGCCAUGUGAACUGGGUCUGAUGGAGCAGAGAGAAGUGAGCGUGGAGUUUGGGAAGUAGUUGCCUAUUACUGUAAAAAUGUAGACAGAAAAGGAACAUUCAUGUGUUUUUAAGAUGUAAAUGUGACUAAAGACUCGAGGGCUAUACAAGGCUGGUGUGGCCUUUGGUGUGGCUGUUGCUGUACAUAGAUAUUACAGACUUGUACUAACACACCUAUGAGUUGGUAUUUGUUAAACCUCAUUUAUAAAAGCUUAAAAAAAUUCA